AUUUCAUUUUUUUCAUAUUGAUUUGAUAUCACUUGUUUUUCUAUAGUACCAUCUCUCUUCUUCUUGAUCUCUUAUCGAAACAAUAUAUUUUUAGGUUUUUUUUUAAUUUUUUAAUUCAAAAAAAAAAAGAAAAAAAAAACAGAAUCAUGGCAUCUUCUUUCUCACUCUUUCUCCACAAAAAUCUCAGACAUAAUCCGAUUCCGAUGACCACCCUUAACUCUUCAUUUAACUGUAAUAACAGCUUCUUAGCAAGAUACAGAAACAAUCUCAGAACAACAACUACAACCAAAGCUCCUUCUUUGAGCAUUAUCGCGUGUUCAUCAUUACCACCAUCAUCUUCAUCGUCAUCACUCUCAAAAACCCUUUUAAGCCCUGAUCAGUUAAAGGUCGACCACCAUCAUCAUCGAGAUCACGAUCACGAUCACGAUCACGAUGAACAUUACGAUCUGGUUUACGACGAGGACGAGAGGGAACUGAGUGAAAUAUGGAGAGAGAUUCAAGGUUCGAACAACUGGGAAGGUCUACUGGACCCUUUGAACUCUCAUCUCCGGCAGGAAAUAAUCCGGUACGGCGAGUUCUCCCAAGCCAGCUACGACUCCUUCGACUUCGACCCUCACUCCAAGUACUGCGGCACCUGUAAAUACCAAGGAGCCCAUUUCUUCGAACGCCUCGACAUGGCUGACCGUGGCUACCAAAUCAGUCGAUACCUCUACGCCACCUCGAACAUCAACCUCCCAAACUUCUUCCAGAAAUCGAAGAUGAGCAGCGUUUGGAGCACACACGCCAACUGGAUGGGAUACGUCGCCGUUUCGACCGACGACUCCGAGACCGCCAGGCUCGGCCGCCGUGACAUCCUCAUCGCCUGGAGAGGAACCGUCACUUACCUCGAGUGGUUAUGCGACCUCAAGGAUAUUCUCCGUCCGGCAGAGUUCGGAACCGAUCCGACGGUCAAGAUCGAGUCCGGUUUCUACGAUCUCUACACCAAGAAAGAACGCGGUUGCAAGUACUGCUCGUUCUCGGCGCGUGAGCAAGUACUCGCGGAGGUUAAACGUCUGUUGGAGUAUUACGACGGUGCAGAGAUUAGCAUCACCGUCACCGGUCACAGCCUAGGCGCGGCUCUUGCUUUGAUAAGCGCGUACGACAUAGCCGAAGUUGGGCUAAACGACGUCGUUGGUGACGGUGACAACUCUUCUAAAAUCCCAGUCACCGUGUUCUCCUUCGCCGGGCCGAGAGUAGGGAACCUGAAAUUCAAAGUACGGUGCGAAGAGCUGGGAGUCAAAGUACUGAGAAUAGUCAACGUUCACGACGUGGUCCCGACGGUGCCGGGGAUAGUAACGAACGAGAAGUUUCAGUUCCAGAAGUACAUCGAGGAAGCGAUGUCGUUUCCAUGGAGUUACGCACACGUGGGAGUGGAGCUCGCUGUGGACCACACCAAAAGCCCAUUUCUGAAGCCCAAUAAGGAUCCGGGCUCGGCCCAUAAUCUCGAGGCCCUAUUGCACUUGGUGGAUGGGUACCACGGCAAGGGACGGCGGUUCCGGCUGGCCACGAAGAGAGACGUAGCGCUCGUGAACAAGAACUGUGAUCUUUUGAGAGGAGAAUAUGGUGUGCCGCCAAACUGGCGGCAAGACGAGAAUAAAGGGAUGGUACGGAACAGCGAUGGGCGGUGGGUGUUGCCGGAGCGGCCGAGGUUGGAGGGCCACCCGCCGGACAUGGCGGAGCAUUUGAAGAAAGUCCUUACUAGGAAUAUUAAUGAGGAUAAUGGUAGUAGUAAUGGGGCACAGCAGUUGGGUUCGGCUUGAUUAAUUAAAUCUAACAAACUCAAGUUAAUUAUAUAAUUAAGUGUUUAGUCACUAAUUUUCUUGUUUUAAAUAUAUAAAUAUAUAUAUGAGAUUGAAUCAUGUGUUCUUGGUGUUUAAUUAUAUUCUCUUGUGAAGUGAUACAAGAGAUCUAGCUAUUGUCCUUUUCACUUGUUUUGCAUUCUUGAAAAUGCCAAUUAUAUAUUCUUAUUA